AUGAAGUGGCUUUUCUUGAUAACCCUGUCCGUGGGCCUGGCUGAAGCUGGCCGGAGGAAGCCCCUUGUUUCACCGAAUGACUUUCCCUCUACCAUUCGACUGAAAGACCUCCUGAAGGGCACCCAACAGCUUGAGGAUUUCGCCUAUGCGUACCCCGAGCGUAAUCGCGUCUUUGGCAGUGCAGCACACAACGAUACUGUUGACUUCAUCUAUCGCGAGUUGAAGAAGACCGGCUAUUACAAUGUGUGGAAGCAGCCGCAGGUGCACACAUGGACUACUGCAAAUACCUCGCUGACGCUUGAGGGCGAGUCUAUCAAAGCAUCGGCCAUGACCUACAGUCCUAGCGUGGAGGUUACUGCAGAGCUGGCAGUGGUCUCGAAUCUCGGAUGCAGUGCAUCAGACUACCCGAGUGACGUGGCUGGUGCAAUUGCCCUAGUCCAGCGUGGAGAAUGCACUUUCGCAGAAAAGUCGUUACUUGCUGCUGCUGCCAAUGCCGCUGCGGUAAUUGUCUAUAACAACGUUGCAGGGUCUCUUAGUGGAACCCUGGGUGGCGUAUCCAGUGAUUAUUCCGCCAUCGCGGGAGUUUCUGAUGUCGACGGCAAGGUCCUGCUCAGUGCAGCAGAGAAGGGCGCUGUGACUGUGUCUCUUUUACUGGACAGCCGGGUCGAGAAUCGCACUACAUUCAACGUAAUUGCAGAGACAAAGGGCGGUGAUCACAAUAACGUCGUCUCACUGGGAGGUCACACCGACUCAGUCGAUGCCGGCCCAGGCAUCAAUGAUGAUGGCUCUGGAAUCAUUAGCAACCUCGUGGUGGCAAAGGCGUUGACGCGAUUCUCUGUCAAGAAUGCCGUGAGAUUCCUCUUCUGGACGGCUGAGGAGUUCGGCCUGUUGGGUAGCGAGUAUUACACCUCCCACCUGGACGCAGAUGAACUAGCAAAAAUCAGACUCUACCUCAACUUCGAUAUGAUUGCCUCGCCCAACUAUGCGCUCAUGAUCUACGAUGGUGACGGAGAUGCCUUCAACCAGACUGGACCAGCGGGAUCUGCCCAGAUUGAGGCUUUGUUUGAGAAAUAUUUCAGGUCAAAGAAGCUGCCCUAUGUUCCUACUGAGUUUAAUGGCCGAUCCGACUACGAGGGUUUCAUCUCUCGUGGAAUUCCCGCCGGUGGACUUUUCACUGGCGCUGAAGGCCUCAAGACCGAAGCAGAGGCAAAACUGUUCGGAGGCCAAGCAAACGUAUCCUACGAUGUGAAUUACCAUGCUGUCGGGGACAACUUCAAGAAUCUCAACCACGAAGCAUUCCUGAUUAAUUCGAAGGCUACCGCUUUCGCUGUUGCUAAAUAUGCUAAUAGCCUUGCUUCGAUCCCCCGACGGAGUGCAACCGACAAGCGAGAGGUCAAGAAAAGGGAGCCUCGGGCGCAUGCACACACCGCGGAGACCGGAUGUUUCCAUUCCCUGGUCGAAAUUUGA